AUGGCGUUUCUGAAUGCCGCGAUCUUUUCCUCUUUACUGGCAAAAGCAUCUUCCCAAGUCGAAACAAAUUCCAAGGACUCGUUGGUUACCGAACGCCAGGCUUCAGUUCUACCACCAAAAUACUUUCUGGUAGACGCAGACUCCAAUUUGAUCUGCGAUUUUCCAAGACCAUGGUACUGCCAGACCUUGAUAUCCAAGGAGUUGACUGUCUCAUUGAAAAUCUUGAUAGCUUUGUCAGUCGCUGCUUGGAUUUUUGGAGAGACUUCGAAUCUCAGCUCGUCAACUUCAGCCGUUGUACUGAUGUGCUUUGGUGCGCUCAUUUUUGCAAGCUCACUCACAAUCCAGUCGUUCAUGCGAAGAGUUGGAGUGCCAUCCAUUUUCGAAUGUUCGCCCAAGAAUCCGGAGCUGCCGUUUUUGGACACAAAGAACUGGACUGGCUUGUCGAACCAUCUAUUUGAUCCGUUUCCAUGCCAUGCGUUUCUUGAUUUUUCUUCGAUAGUGACAGGAAGAUCAUCGUCGAGACAAAGAACAAACGAGGCGGACUGGAUGUCCCGCAACGAUUGUCUGUUGAUAGGGUUUUUCAUCAAUUCCUGGUAA